CAGUCAUAGGUGCACAUAGUUUGAAAGCAGGUCUGACAGCACUUUACAUUUAAAUGUAAUAACAACAGAAAGUGUGGAACAUUAAUACAGAGAAGAAAUCACAAAAUUUGCAGGAGAGAGGAGUCUGUUCCAUAGCUUUAAAUUGAGGAGCUUGAGGAUUCACCACAGCUGCGUGCAGUAUAGUCACAGCCUUUAACAUCACCAUUGCAUGAAAACAUCACAGUCGGCAGGUGGCCACAUUAUUGCCUGGAUCUGAAAAAAUAUUGGAUAUUACAAUGAUGGGAAGAUCAAAUAGUACCAGUGAUCUUACUAAUUCAGAAGAUGCACUGAUUGCAUCAGUUUCAGACUCUUUUAACAGAAGACGGAAUUCACAGAUCAGCAGCAGCGCAAGUUACCUACACUGCUCUCUGGCACGCACGCUGCUGCUAUACUUCUGCAUUGCUGUCUGGCUCAUUGUUCCUGUAGAGAGUUCUACAACAGCCACAAGUCAGAGUGGAACAGCAGAACUGCCUAACAAAACAGCAGAAGUUCUAAAUAGUUCCAGUGAUCCAAUGGAAUACUGCAAUCAAAAUUACGUUGUAUUAUCGAUAAAGAAAUCUAACGAUUCCCAUUCAGGAUAUUGUCCCUUUGCACCAUAUUUGAAUCCAACUGCAAACAUUACAUUUACAAAUACUUACGAUCAUCUGACUGAAGACAUUGCAUGCACAUUUAAGAAGAGAAAAUUAAAAGGUUAUACAUAUCUAAUCAUUGACACAGCAGUACAUUUGAAGAUAAGUGGGUGUACACUUUGGUACAGCCAAAUUGUGACAAUUCAUGACAGUGCAAGCAAAUGGUUUAUGACAUGGCAGGACAACAUAUUUGCAAUAUCAUUGAACAAUUAUGAGAGUACUAAUAAAGACCAAUAUAUAAUGAGUAUCUACUCUUUGAAUGGCAAUCUUUUAUGUACUUUCAAGAAAGUGGGAACUAAUAAAUAUAUUGUGUAUGAGAACGGCCAAAUUAAACUAAAGCUAUCAGGAAAUCUCAACACAUGCAGUGAAUCCAGCAUUUAUUAUUUCAAAAUAUAUGAUGAUGGAACAGAGACUUACUCAUUUUCUCCAGUGUCAGCACAACAACAGUACGUCAGCACUUCACCAAACAAUUUUAAUUAUAUUACCGUGACGCAGCAAAAUAAUCAAAAUUAUAUUACGGCCUUUGGGCUUGCUGAUGGCUUUUAUGAUUUCAUAUUUAAUUUAGAUUCUAAUGGCUUAGCAGUUAUGUUCAUCUAGGGUUAGAAGUUGUACUACUGCAAUGAAACUAAGUGAAGCAUAUGAUAUAGCGUACAUAUAAUAGUACUAUCAGUAGAAUUGUCUGACUUUAUUGUUUUUCUCUACUUGUGGUGCCUGUAAUGUAUAUGCAUCAUUGUUGAUUUGAUUUGUAAAUUACCAUUUUCUGUUUACUCAUGUGCUGACUUCCCCUAAAAAAUAUUAAAGUUUAACACAAUCAUUCAACCGCUCUCAUGUCAAGUGGGUCUAUGUUAAAUCCCACUCCUAUAAAUUGUAGUUUGCUUUGCAAUUUUCUAUUAAAAUUAGGUGUUUGUUUGGC